AGCAGCAGAAGAAGAUUCAGGAGGAGUUAGACCGCCGCAAAAAGCAGCUGCAGGACCUCUGUUACGCCGUCAAGGCAGAGUCUGUCUCCGAUCUGCAGGAAAUCAUCUGCUGCAUGGUCCUCUCCGAGUGUGUCUAUAAGGUGUGGUUGGCGUUUUGUCUUGUAAUUGUGUUUGAUGGUUGGCGGUGGAAUGUUUUAGUAUGUUUAUGAGCGGUUACUAUUGUUGUUAUUCGCAAUGUUUGCUUUCUUAUCGUGCCACCAUUGCUAGUGAAAGCGUCGUGCUUCUUAUGACUUGUUCGAGCAGUUACUUCUCAAUCGAUUAAGCUGCGCAGUUGCUUCCAAUUUUCCUGGUUGUCUUAGUCUUGAUGUUAUUUGUUAAUAGAUUGUGCUCUGCGUUCCCUGCCAUAUAUAGCAGCCUGUUGACGAUGUUAGUAGAAUCUGUGUCUGUGGGAUAGCUGGAGGAAAUAACUUGAGAAAAUCAUGUUUCAUCUGAUGAGAUUUGGAUAGUCCACAUGCUACUGUGAGAGACCUGCGGCAGAAGUGGUUCGUGCGGUGAACAAAUUCAAGGCUGACUUUGGAGGGCAAUUAGUCUCUAUAGAGCGUGUACAACCAUCUUCCGAUCAUGUUCCUCACAGGUAUUUAUUAGCUGAAGCUGGAGAUACACUGUUCGCUUCCUUCAUUGGGACUAAGCAGUACAGGUGCCAUAUUCCACGAUAAUCCAAUGGCAGACGAUAGUGGGAACAAGCCCACAAAGCUUGGUGGACUAACGGACAAUGGAGAGAAUGGCUCAGGACAUUCGGAACAUAGCUCUAACCAAACAAAAUUUACACCUAAGCCUGCAGUUCAUCGGGGAUUUAUGGCACGUGCAAAAGGAAUACCUGCAUUAGAGUUGUACAGACUUGCCCAGAAAAAGAGAAGAAAGCUGGUGUUAUGUGGACAUUCACUUGGUGGAGCAGUAGCAGUCUUGGCAACCCUUGCAAUUUUGAGAGUUAUAUCUUUUACUUCCAAGGAAGCUGAUAGAGUCCCAGUGAAGUGUAUCACAUUCUCCCAGCCUCCAGUUGGAAAUGCUGCCCUCAGAGACUAUGUCAAUGGAAAAGGAUGGCAACAUUAUUUCAGAACAUAUUGCAUUCCUGAGGAUUUGGUGCCACGAAUAUUAUCUCCAGCAUAUUUUCAUCAUUAUAAUGAUCAGAAUCCAUUGGGGCCAGCCAAUGUUGAACCUUCACAACCAAUGUUAAAGUAUGGUAAACGGUUGGAUAAGCAGAAGGUAGAAAAAUCAAAAGAAAUUGAAGGGGAGCAGUUGGUUUUAGGUUUAGGUCCUGUGCAGAAUUCCUUUUGGAGACUUUCAAGACUUGUACCCAUUGAUGGUCUCAGAAAUCAGAUCUAUAGGUUUAGGGGGGCAAAAGUUGAUCCAAUUGAAAGAUCUCCUGUUGUUGAUGCUACGGCCACAUCAAUUGAUGAUAUAGUUACAGCUCCACAGUCUCUUGAAAUAGAGGAAGGCUCUGAUGGAAUUUCUUUACACCCUUUAACAGAAAAGAAUGAAGCUGUGUCUUCUGGAGUUAAAAAUGGAAAAUCACCAGGAACCAGCAGCAGUGGGGACAGGAGGACAUGGCGUAGAAUACCUUCGUUACCAUCUUAUGUACCUUUUGGGCAUCUUUAUCUUCUGGGGAAUUCAGCUGUAGAAUCGCUCUCUGGUUCAGAAUAUUCAAAAUUGACUUCAGUCAAAUCUGUACUUGCCGAAGUAAAGGAGCGUUUUCAGUCACAUUCAAUGAGAUCCUACAGGUCCCGGUUUCAAAGAAUCUACGAACUCUAUAUGAAUGAAAAUGAAUUUUCAUUCUUGGGAGGGGAGCAAGAGCUGCAAUUUCCACAUUUACAGAAAUGGCUAGGAAUUUCUGUUGGUGGUACAGUUGAACUUGGGCAUAUUGUUGACACUCCCAUUAUUCGUGCAGCUACUUCUUUAGUUCCUCUUGGUUGGAAUGGUACUCUUGAUGAGAAGAAUGGUGAUCCGCUGAAAGUAGACAUUUCUGGUUUUGGAUUGCAUCUGUGCACAUUAGUUCAAGCUCGAGUGAAUGGAAAAUGGUGCUCAACUACUGUGGAAUCUUUUCCUUCGCCUCCGGCAUAUUCUCAACAGCAUGAAUUGCAACCAGAGAUGCAGAAUAUGCGGAUACAAAUCGGAGCUCCAUUGAAACAGUCACCAAAACAUCAGAUAACAGAGGAUAGAAUGAUGCCAGCAUUUCUUUCUAUUGACCCAAACUCUGUUGAUCUGAAGCUGAAGCAGAACAAGUCUUCUGAAACGGAGGAAAGAUUUAUCCGUCGUGAUGGCCUAAAUGAUUUUGUCGUGUUCUGUACAACAGAUUUUUCAACUGUUGCCAAAGAAGUUCACAUUCGACUCCGCAGGGUGCGGCUGAUUGGCCUUGAGGGUGCUGGUAAAACCUCACUGCUUAAGGCAGUUCUGGAUCAAGCAGGAAGUUCUAGAACCUUGAGUGUUGAGACAUUUCCCAUGGAUGUUGAUGUUCGAGAAGGUAUUGCUGGUGGUUUGCUCUAUUCAGAUUCCACAGGAGUAAAUUUGCAGAAUCUGAACAUGGAAGUCUCUAACUUCAGGGAUGAGUUGUGGAAAGGAAUCCGUGAUCUAAGCCAGAAAAUCGACCUAGUGGUUCUUGUGCACAACUUGUCCCACCGGAUACCUCGUUAUGGCCAGUCAAACUCACUCCAACCCCCAGCUCUGUCACUACUCAUAGACGAGGCCAAAUCUCUAGGCAUCCCUUGGGUCCUUGCCGUAACAAAUAAAUUCUCUGUCAGCGCGCACCAACAAAAGGCAGCUAUUAAUGCCGUGCUUCAGGCAUAUCAAGCAUCCCCUAGCUUAACUGAGGUCAUCAAUUCGUGCCCCUAUGUUAUGCCUAGUGCUGUAGGUGAUUCUCCGUCAUGGCGUGCAGCAAACAUCAUCACUGAACGCACAAAGGAUGGCUGGAAGCUUGUAUUUGAUCCAAUUAAGCUCGUUCGAAAACCUUUCCAAAAGAAACCAGCCGUUCUACCUGUAGAGGGUGUAACAUCUCUCUGCCAGCUUAUUCACCGUGUUCUCCGCAGCAAUGAGGACGCUGCAUUACAGGAGCUUACCAGAGAUCGGAUAUUCUUCGAACUAGCGAGGGAACGUGCGGCAAUUCGGGAUGCGGCAGCUGCUGGUAAGUCAAGUUCUGUGUCAGCAGCAGCUGUAGGUGCCUCGGUUGGGGCAGGAGUAGGGAUCAUAUUGGCAGUAGUCAUGGGAGCUGCCUCAGCCUUGAGGAAGCCAUGAAUAUUGAAGGAGAAAAAGAAUCAUCUAUAUUAUAUAAAUCAUCAUCAUCAUCCCAAUUACAGUACCAGGUUUGAUUUUUUUUAUUGUAUUAAUUUAUCCAUGCUUUUUUGUGUAGGUAGCAAUCAUCAUUAUGCUCUCGCAUAAUAAGCAAUUUUAUUUCUGUUUUUGUAAAUUUUGAUUUUAAAAUUUUUCUAGAAAAGGCGUGAUCAUUUUUUCAAAAAAGCUA